CAUGUCCGAGCCAACUUCAAAGCCCACUACGCCAGCGCUACGCGUCGACACCAAAUCCACUUUGUAUCCCCAUGGAUUGUCAGCCCAGACACCAAGCUCAGCCACUCCUGCUACGGUCCAAAUCCCACUGACUCCCAGUGAGAUCCAGACGCCGCCUUCACCGCAUCUUGCCAAGUUGGCCUCGUUCCAGAAUACCUCCCAUGCCAAGGAUGAGUCGCGGAAAUUACUUGCUCUGCUUGUGGACCAACUACUCGGCAGGCCUAAGCCUCCUUCUCUUUUUGAGCCACUUGGCACCCAAUACACAGCCGGCAAUACUGCAAAGUCAAACCGUCCUCGACAGAACAGUCUCCUCUAUUCUUUGCCAACUAAUGAUGACAGCGACAAGGAAGAUGACUCUUCGGAUGAUUUCUCGACAGAUUCCACAUUCGAGUUGAUGGUGCGAAUAAAGGAGGUCUUGUUAUUUUCAGUGUCCCAAGGUUGGCAGAUCUUUGAGGCGAGCGUCAUUCCAUUUGAGAUUAACACUUCGCAAUCACCAAAAACACCGCUUCAAGUACGUGCCCAGUCACGACGAAGUGGAAUUGGUGGGAAGCGCUCGAAAUCAUCGUCGCCGACAAGAGGGAAGCAUUUCUCAGCGCCGGAACUGCUCUCACAGUGUAUAUCCCUCCUUGCAUCAGUCAUAUCCGAAGACUGUCGCUUCCAGUCCUCACGCCCAAGGCCAUCCAGGCCUGUGAACUCACUGCAUUGGAUUUCAUUGGAUGUCGCACAGCUGUUGGUUCAUUGUAAUCUCCGGGAGCCGACUGUAAUCUCUCAGGUUGCAUUCGCUGUGAUUCCAGCAUUUAGCACUUUCCCUUCUCAAAUGUAUCCGCGCCUCCUGGCCUUUUUUGACAACGUAAUUCUGAGAGGCGUCCUAGAGGAUCUGUGUAAUGAACGAGGCUGCGCGGAUGCCAUUACUCCAAGGAAACGAGAUAACUUCUUCGACCACGACGAAACUCCAAACGUCUCCAUCCGUGUUGUCGAGGUACCGGACGAGGAACCCGGAACGCCUCAACAGCCUGCACUGGGCAUGUCUACCACGUCAAAGAUUCGAUCGAGUAAUGCUCCCCUUCAACCCUUGUCCGUCUAUCAUCUUUCUGCAGUGUCGUCACCGCUGUUAGCGGCCGUGCUUGAGACCGUUGACGCCAAGGCAUCGUCACCGCUUGCCCUGCACAACUUUUAUCGACUGAUUGAGACUCUUGUGUCAUCAAGGAAAGAUUCAUACCUCGAUAUCCUUCAGAUCGUGGCAUAUCACACUUCAGAGAGUCGUCGAACCGCGCUUACGCUCUUGGCGACCUUUUGGCCUGCAGCCAUGGGCCAUAUUGUCGUUAGCAAAGCACUACCUGUGUUCAGCUAUGCGGAGAUGCUCGCUAAACAGGAAAAUGGCAUGCAAGACCAGUCUGUGUCCCACCAAUAUGCUCAUAACUUUAUCCCGUGGCGGUUUGUAUCGUCGGACCAACCUGUCAAUUUCCAACAGGCUUCCCUGCAAUGUUGCAGGUCGUGCACUGCUGUUAUACGUGGAUUUGGACUGCUGUGCACAACAUGUAUGUGCGCUGUGCACUUCGAUUGCUACGAUUAUCCUGAUGGAAACGUGCUCCUCGAACACGCUGCUACUACUGGAGGUGACAGCGGCAAGAUGGUUGUCCAUCGAUAUUGCAUAGUUUCCCCAUCAAGACUGGAUACUGGUGCAUACCAUGUCCGAAAGGCGAAUCACAACUUUGUCCUAGCUCAUAUCUUUACUCUGCCCCUUUGCAUAUUGUGUCGAGACCCAAUAUGGGGGUGUCGAGCACUUCUUUGCACGUCUUGCAAGUUAUUUGCACAUUUUUCAUGCGUGUCCAGUGGCGCUUCGGAACACCUGCACUGUGGAUCUAUUCAACUCGACUCCUCGUACAUGACGGUGUCCUUAUCUAGACUCCGACAGUCUUUCACCGACUUCUACGGCGACAUAUUUCUCUCUUCUGAUGACCUCGGUAAGCGGACAUAUGAAGAAAUUUCUGUGUCAUCCUCCGUUCUAUGGACGCAAUUACAAAUAUACAAUAAUGGCCUUGCUCUGGGAUCCUUCUCCGUUUCCAGGGAGGGUACCAAUACUGACGACCGAGAUUUCGAGCUGCCGUACCUGGUAGAGUUGUACGAAGCGUACCUCUCGUCCGGAAAGCUGCCGGUUUCCACCAGUCUUGCCGAGUACAUCCACACGAGUUCUCAGCGACAGGCCCCGCAUCUUAUCAUGUUCGAUUGGUCAACGUUGGCCUAUAUUGCAUCCACUGUAAAGGCACCUUAUGACACUCAAAAUAGUUCUUCUGGGGGUGCGGCUGGUUUCCUCAGAGUUGACGGCGUUGAAGAGUAUGCGGAUGGCGAUAUUCCUCGACAUCCUUACGAAGUGGUUCCUCUCAGCCACAUUUACGGUGCCCUCGGGCACGAGUUCAAUGUGGUCUCUGAAGGUCCCGCUCGCCAUUUUCUGUCACACCUGCAAAAACUCGGGUUUCUUUGUUGCACCAACCCAGAACCAUUCCUGCCGACGCUUUCCACCUCAGCUAAUAUGGAAUGCUACUUCCCUCUUCCCUUGGGUUUUGACUUAUCUGUCGAUGUAGAAACACUAGUAUCUGCGAUCGAGUCAUGUCUUUCUGAUCUCGACCUGUCUGUAAACGAGUGUGGACUCCUUUUACUAGUGAGGAGGUUUUCGCCAAACGGCUUGAUGUCAGAGUACGCGUUGCAUCGAUUAACACGUACUCUCGUCGGGUGGAUUCUUUCCGAGGACAAUAGUCUUGCUACUAUCCUUCGUGACUACGUUUCCGGCGGACGCCGUCUCCCUGGAGUCCGCGCCCCAACAGAGCCUAUUCCGUGGCCGUAUAUGCAGAACUCCCGCCGCAUCCCGACAAGUUCUGUAAAUAAUGGCGGUGACUACAUUGCGUCCCGGAGAAACUUGCUGCACACGUAUGGAGGGAAGUGGCUCCUUGCUCUGCAUAAUCAAGAUAUCUCUGCCUAUCCUGCUAUCGUCUUUGAUGCAACUCAUGAGAUUGCUUCCGAUUGCACUUGCAGCGUCGAUGAUACAUAUAUGGAUUCUCGAGACCAAAGCAGAAGUUGUUAUAUCGCGGAAAGACGUCUCAAGUUUAUUGUCAAGCUUUCCCAAGCAUCUGUUACUUUCACGGCGUUGGAUGAUCUUUUCUUACUUUGGCUCAAGAGCCUGGAAUUUGAAGUACUGGACAGCGCCGUAAGUUUCAGUCCUAUGCCAAUGCUGCAGAGAUUACUCAACAGGGACAACGACAGCGCUGCUCGCUUCAGCACUUAUGUAGAUGCAACACUGACAAACUCCGAUGAAAAAGGGUUAAAAAUGGCAGACCUUUGGGGAGCCGUCUGGCAAUUUACGAGACGAACGGAUGGCCUCACCAGCGGACUUAUGUGGCUUCGCCUUUUUGCCCGAUCGGGAGUCGAGGUUGACACCUUAACGAUCACUAAAUACAGCAACAUUAUCUUCAGUAGAAGUCCGAGUCUGGCGCAGGGGUCUAUAUUCAUGGACGCUGUCUUGAUUACAACUUGGCUGAGGUCGGUGGGGCGACAAGACUUGCAGCCAGUGGUUGGAAAAAUGAUGCGAUUUUUCCGGCCUGCGGUGGAAACGAGCUUGCAAUCAUCGGACAAUACAUCGACCACUGCCGUUGCCUUUGUGAGGCGUGCAUUGACGACCUGCCUUCUACUUUAUGGGUGUGACCGACGCCUCUUACUCACCUUGGACAUGGCAGAUAAGGCAGAGGUCCACCAACUUCCUGUUAGGAGGAAGCUGGGCGUUCGGACAGAAAAGCCCGCAGAUCCCAUUAUAAUAGACCAGGAUCUGAUGUUCACGCUGGAUGAGUAUUUCCGAUGUGGUAACGAAGAAAUUGCCGGUCUGGCAGCGAAGUUUCUGCACUCGUUCAUGAUGAAUUCACCAUACUUAGAGACUUUCGAAGUGGAUAAUUUUGUCCUUCGAAAUGCCAAAGCACUUUGUUCUUGGGUUUGGCAACUUUAUGGCGUCCAGCGACCAAGCGUCUCGAGUAUAAGAACAUCGUUGCUCUCGAGGAUCUUGGUGGUGGAUGUUGUCCCUUUCCGCGAACUUCUAGCUGAGACGUUUUCUCCCUCCUCACCCUGGGAGCCUAGACUAGUCGGAGCAUCCCGGUUAUUCCGUAUCAUCAUGGACGUCAAAAGCCCAGCUUUCCAGGUCAAAGAUCGUCCAUGGAAGAUUUGUGUGUUGGACAUUUUUUACUUCUUCUUCCAGCUAAUUUGGUUGGACAAGAAGGAAGAAAUUAGGACAGCCGUGGAAACUUGGACACAAACGCUUCUUACGCCACAAUUGGAAGUUAUUGCGUCGUGUUGGAAUACUGCACUACCUGUACUUCAACCACUUGAACGCUUACAACUGGCCGUGUUCCUUACUCAGCUUCAGCCGCACUUCCCGACUUGGAAAUUCCUUUCGUGGGAUGUAAUCAUUGAAGUUCUUCAAGACGACAACCGGACUGGUAAAAAGGGAAUACCCGGCACUCCCAUUAACAAUCGGAGUCUCGCGAACCAAGGGCAUUCAGAACGAUUGCCGCUUAAGGUAGCCCUCAUUUUGCUUAGUCUGCAAAUGAUGGAAAGCGGCAUGGAAGUGGACAUUCUUUCCUGUCUCAAGCUGAAGUAUCACCUGGCAAAGGUCUUGGGAUUCAGUGACGUCGAAUCUGUCCCAACCGCCAGUGGGAGAAGUUUCUACAUCCGGUUCGAAAAGUUGGAUUCUAUUUCCGCUACAACUUUUCCUUGCGUGCAAGCCUUGCCACGGAUCUUGGACGCUCAUCAUAAUUUCGAUCUUCCUCCGGUCGUCAUGGGAAGCACACUUGUUGAAGAUGAUAAACCCUGCCGUGUCCUUGUUGGAACAGUCUUUGUCGACCUUGUCCUUGCCAUCUUCUGUUCGUCACUUGAUCUUCUUGCGCUCCCGAUUUUGACUUUGAAGAGCCUUCUUGAGGCUCUCAUGAUCAUCACGUUCAAACAUGACUUCGGCAGCGUGGCUAUCAGACACCUUGACGUUUCGCUCCGAAAGGCAUUACGGAAAACACUCGACCUUCUACUUCUCGACGUUAGCUAUGAACUUCGCCAACUUGCGUUGUCUGUGAUACAAACGUUUAUCAGGAGAGGGACUGCCAUAACGGGGGUGCUUGCUGUGGAAUCUAUGGAUAAGGCCGCUGCGCUCAUCGUUGCCCUCAAGCACAACAACGAAGACGCGCUGGUUUCCCAAGCAAAAGCUUUCGUCGAAAGCACUCUGGUAACGCUUGUGCCAAGUGGCAUUUUCUGCAGUUUGUGCAAGCGUCCUCCGAACCCUGACUUCUACGAAGUCCUCAAGACCAUCAUCCAAACUCGCAAUGGGCGUGCUACGGAAGCGUCGAUAAACUUUCAAGAGGGUUUAUUGCAUAGCAUCAUCUCACAACCACCAGAAGUAGACUGGAAGAUCAUCCACAACACUGUAGAAAAUAUUAACAUGUUUGUGGAGGUCGUCCUCUGUGAGGGGGUGAGUGACCAAACUCUGAAAGACUUGGCAGCGUGGAUAGUGGCAACAGCUAGACGCGCGGCAGGUUUCAGUGCUGACAAGGAUUUUGAUCUCAAUACCCUUCUCUCCCUUACGGCCAAUCUUUUGCGAUUCAAGAGGUCAUCUAUCCGGCAUGAUUUGAUUAUCUGCGUCGAAACUGUCUUCAGGAUCGCAGCGCUUAGAUCUACUCUUCGCAAAGAAACGAUCCUGUUACUGCGUACCGCUGCAUUGACUCAGGGGUAUACAACGUCCUCGGAUAUUACGGUACCGGCAACACAGACACUUUCUCGCAUCAUGGUUGAAAUCGUUGACGACAUACUACGGCUUAAGGUCAGAGCAAUUCCCACCACAUUAGCGUCCUUGGUGGAGGUCUUCAUGAGCCAGAAUGUACGCGAACACGGCGAAGACGACGCAAUACAGAGACUGGCACGAAGUGCCAUCUACUUUCUCCAGAACCACGGCCGGACAACGGGCGAAGCUGAUGCGGACUUAACGUUAUCUCUCACCGUCGGCCGGUAUAUCUUCUAUGCUGCUGAGCGGGGUCACGAUGUACUCGACGAACUGAAUGACGACGGCAACUCCCAACGUUCUUUUCAUUCUGAGAUCACUAUACGUCCCUGGAUCGUCAUGCUCUUAUCAGUAGUCUCUACCCCGUCAUCCGAGAAGUAUGGGACCUUAAUGAUGUCCCGAUUCGACAACUUUGUGGUCCCUUAUACCAAGACGUUGGGUACAUAUGUCCAAGGUCGUUUGCCGCCUCCCGAGACAGCGGCAGUCGACAUCGAGUACACGUACCUUGCCAUGAAGAGUUGGCUUCUGCUUUUACAUAAGUUAUCCACCGAGAAUACAGUGGAUCCUCGCGGGGAAUUGACACACAAAAUCUGGAAUGAACUUUGGCCCCCUUUUGAAAGCCUCGCGAAACUUCUGGGGAAAGAAAGCAGCGAUGAGCUACUGCCAUUAUCAACCGCGGUCUGGUCAUCCGUCGCCAACCUUUUCACCUUCGUCCUUCAGUCUCGGUCUCCAAUUGCGAUGGACUGUAUCCCAUGUUUGACACUCUUGCAACAUCUCAAACAAUCCGGAAGGAGGAAUUCUGCUCUCAGCAAGUUAGCAAGAGCAUUAGAUGGAAAUGUUCUACCGGAAUUGCAGGUGGAUGCCAUAAUUGCUCAAACGAUAAAGGACACGGCAAAUGCAGAUAAACUACGUAGGUUGGAUAGGCACACGAAGGCGGUGGCGGAACGGCGUCGAGUACCGACGUAAAGGAGGGAUUGGGCCAGAAUGUCUUGAUGGUCAGGCUGCUCGAAGCUUUGCUUUCAUAGCCUUUUUCUUCUUUUCCUUUGCGAUAGUAAGGCCCACGAAGAAACCGACCCCCGAGAGCCCAAUAACGAGGAUGAAUGCCGGCAGUCGAACAGCCCAUUCACGGGCAGGAAAGUAGUCAUGUAUGGGACUCGAUAUGUCAAAGAAAGGCUAUAGCCAAGGCGUCAGUAGGCAAGAAAAGAUUCAAUGGCUGGAAAGACUGGCCAACAGAAUAGUCCAUGUAGUGUAGUAGACGAAUACGAACGCCGCAACCAGAAGCA